AAUGGUUGUUCAAGCUGCCCGAUCGCACACCAAGCGCGACAAAUACGUCGAGGUCAAGACCUUCAUGCCCUUCGGCGAAGGUAUCUUCCUCGCAUCUGACGUCCCGAGCGCACGUAUCGCCUCCUCCGACAUCCUCAAGGUCCUUCCUCCUUUGGAGGACCGACUCCUCAACCAGGGCAUGCUCGAGCUUCCCAAGAAGGCAUUUUUCCAGUACAUCGAGCUCAACUCCCGCCACCAGAAGCGCUACGAGGACCUCUGGAACUCGUGGGUCUCCAAGAAUUG